UUGAGCCACGUAUCGCCACGUCUUCUCCGUUAGCACUUCCGGGGUCGGUGGGGGGCAGGUUUGAGGGCGAAAACAACACCGCGCUCGUGUUGUCUGUAAAACAGAAGUUUUAACGGGACCGAGGUUUCGAGCUGACGGUGAAAAAGGAGCUCUUAAACGGACAGGAUGAAUUUCUUCAGGGGUGUGAUGGGGGGUCAGAGCGCUGGGUCUCAGCCUUCCGGUGUGGACACUAUCCAGAAGCUUUGUGACCGUGUGGUCUCGUCCACACUGCUGGAGGACCGCAGAGACGCCGUCCGUGCACUCAAGUCCCUCUCUAAGAAGUACCGUAUGGAGGUGGGGACACAUGCGAUGGAGCAUCUGAUCCGUAUUUUACAGUCAGACAGGUCUGACUCUGAGAUCCUGGGUUAUGCCCUGGACACACUGUAUAACAUCAUCUGUAACGAAGAAGAGGAGAAACAAGAUGAUUCGGAAGAUGAUGGACAGAGGGGGCAGGAGGAUGAUGAUGGUGUUCAGUUUGCUGAUAAGUUAAUUCAGGAUCAGGAGAACGUCACACUGCUGCUCUCUCUGCUCGAGGAGUUUGAUUUCCAUGUGCGGUGGCCUGGUGUAAAGCUCCUGACAGCUUUAUUGAAAUGCCAGUGUGCUCAGGUUCAGGGCAUCAUCCUCAUCAGCCCUAUGGGCGUGUCCAGGUUGAUGGAUUUACUUGCUGACUCCAGAGAAGUGAUCCGUAAUGGUGGUCUCCUCCUGCUGCAGCAGCUAACUAAAGGAAACGCUGCCAUCCAGAAGAUUGUGGCAUUUGAGAAUGCUUUUGAGCGACUGCUGGACAUCAUCACUGAGGAGGGGACGAGCGACGGAGGCAUCGUGGUGGAGGACUGUCUGCUCCUGCUGCUGAACCUCCUGAAGAACAACAGCUCCAAUCAGAACUUCUUUAAAGAAGGUUCUUUUAUUCAAAGGAUGAAGCAGUGGUUCCAGCUGGGGGAGGAAAGUGUAGGGGGCUGGUCUGCUCAGAAAGUCACCAACUUAUACCUCAUGCUGCAGUUGGUGCGUGUGAUGGUGUCUCCAGUGAAUUCUCCUGGAGCAACAGCGAGCUGUCAGAAGUCCAUGUUCCAGUGUGGUCUGUUACAGCAGCUCUGUACCAUACUGAUGGCCACCGGUGUUCCUGCUGAUAUCCUCACUGAGACGAUCAACACCGUGUCAGAGGUCAUCCGUGGGUCGCAGGUCAAUCAAGAUUACUUUGCCUCUGUAAACGCGCCGUCCAACCCACCACGGCCUGCUAUUGUAGUGUUGUUGAUGUCGAUGGUGAAUGACCGUCAGCCCUUCGUCCUGCGCUGUGCUGUGCUUUACUGCUUCCAGUGUUUCCUCUACAAGAACCAUAAAGGACAGGCGGAGAUCGUUUCUACUCUGCUGCCAUCAACUAUAGAUGCUCAGUCAAUCUCAGCCGGUCAGCUGCUGUGUGGAGGUCUGUUCUCAGCAGACUCGCUCUCUAACUGGUGUGCGUCUGUAGCGUUAGCACACGCUCUACAUGAUAACCCCAACCAGAAGGAGCAGCUGCUGAGAGUUCAGUUGGCCACCAGUCUGGGCAAACCACCGAUCUCUCUACUGCAGCAGUGCACCAACAUCCUGUCCCAGGGUGAUAAAAUCAGCCGGAAGGCUGAAUCUGAACAGGUAAAGAUCAAGGGCAGUAAAGUGCAGACGAGAGUGGGUCUCCUGAUGCUGCUGUGCACUUGGAUCAGUAACUGCCCCAUCACUGUCACACACUUCCUCCACAACCAGGAAAACGUCCCCUUUUUGACGGCUCAGAUCUCAGAGAAUCUGGGUGAAGAUGAGAGGCUGGUCCAGGGUCUGUGUGCUCUUCUGCUGGGAAUCUGCAUCUACUACAAUGACAACUCGCUGGAGAACUACACCAAAGAGAAGCUGAAGCAGCUGAUAGAGAAGAGAAUUGGGAAAGAGAACUUUGUGGAAAAGCUCGGCUUCAUCACCAAACAUGAACUGUACUCUCGUGCCGCUCAGAAACCUCAGCCCACCUUCUCCACCCCAGAGCACAUGCUGUUCGACCACGAGUUCACCAAACUGGUCAAGGAGCUCGAGGGUGUAAUAACAAAGGCUGUGCACAAGUCCAGUGAGGAAGAGAAGAAGGAGGAAGAGGUGAAGAAAACACUGGAGCAGCAUGACAGCAUUGUCACUCAGUACAAAGAGCUGAUCAGAGAACAGGAUGCUCAGAUAACAGAGCUGAAGGAGCAGGUAUCUGCACUGAUGGGUCAGAAGGAGCAGAUGGAGAGCACCAUCACGCAACAACUGUCUCAGAUCCAGCAACACAAAGACCAGUACAACAUUCUCAAACUCAAACUGGGUAAAGAUGGAGCCGUGUCUCAGCCUGAUGUUCAGGUGAACGGUGUUCAGUUGGAGGAGCUCACUGCACUCAGAAUGGAGCUGGAGGAGCUACGCACACAACAGACACUGCUGCAGACACAACUCACCGAGAAGGACACACUCAUCUCCAGUCUAAAAGCAGAAGCAGCUCAGUCUGCAGAAAGACCAGCACCUACAUCAGAAAACGCAGAACUACUGAAGGAAGUAGAGGCUCUACGAGUGCAGGUUCAGGGUCAGCAGGAUGAGAUCUCACAACUGCAGUGUGAAAGACACGAGCUACAACAGAGAACCCAAACUGGGUCGGGUUCCCUAAGUGAAGGAGAAUCGGCGAAACUCAGGGAUCUGGAGCAGAGACUGUCACUACAAACCACAGAAACACAUCGACUGCAGGAGGAGGUCCGGACUCACUCAGAGAGCAGGACACAGUUGGAGAAGGAGUUAGCGGCGGCUAACAGCACGGUGGUCAUACUUCAGACAGAGAAGACUAAACUGCAACAAGAUGUGAGCGAGUCAAAGAAGGAGCAGGACGACCUGCUGAUGCUCCUCGCUGAUCAGGACCAGAAAAUCUUCACUCUCAAACAGAGACUUAAAAACCUCGGAGAGACGAUUGAGGACGAGGAUGAUCUGGACGCAAGGGACCAGUCUGAUGAUGAUGAAGAAGAGGAGGAAGAUGAUUAAUAGUGUCGUCGUGACCCGUUUAAUCCUGACACUAAUGAGACAAACGAGAGACAAACGGUCCUGUUUUCUUGCUGCAAAAUCAUCUGUUUGUUUGUUUUUUAAAUUUUUUAUUGGUUUAUUUCCUGUUAGCUGAUGAUGCCACCUUACCACGUUUGCUCAUUUGUAAUCAGAACAUUGUUUAGUGGAGCAGUUCCAUUAAAAUGCUAAUGUGGCUAAGCAGUGACUGGACUCUAGUAGCUACCAAUUAGCAUGAUACCUGCUGAGGAUUUUCUUCUGUUUUCUUUUUAUUUCAUUUUGUAUUUCAUUCAGUUGAACAUUGUUUAACAAAAUAGUUCCACCAAGCUGAUAAUGUAACAUUAGCCACUUAUCAGAAAAUGCUGCUACCAAGGAGUGUAAGCUAAUAGCUGCCAGCUAGCAUGUGAUCGCUUUUUUCCAGCUAGCAUGUGAUCGCUCUUUUUCAGCUAGCAUGUGAUCGCUCUUUGUUUUCCAUUCAUUAGCAACAUUAGCAUUUUCACCUGUUUUAAAAUGUAUUAAAUAUAAAUGCAGAUAAAUGACUUCAGACGAGUUUCUGGUGAUCUGCAGCAAUGUUUUAAUUGAGUUGACAAAAGUUAUAUUAUUAGCAGGAAUUUAGCAGCUCUUCAUUAGCAUAAAGUCAUUUGACUAUCAGCUUUAAUUCUUUGCUAGCAACAUUACCGUUUGGAUGGAAAUAUUAAAAUAUAAAGAUGUAAAUAAAUGACUACAGAAGAAUGUCCAUACAGUUCAAUCAUGUGAGUGUUGCUGAGUGUGAAGACUGGAGUGUCAGGUGUGAUGUCAUCACGACUUUACUGAACUGUGGUGUUAAACGAUGCUUCAACUCCAUUAUAUUUGUCAAGAGAAGAAACUAUUUAAUCUUUAAUAAAAAUAUAGAAAAUAUGAACUGUGAAAAAAAUGACAAUAACAGAAGUUAUGUUUUAAAAUGCUGAUGUUGCUAACAAUAAAUAGAAGCUCCUCGCUGCUGAUCAGCUCA